AUGGAUUCGAGCACAAAGUCUAAAUCUGAAAUUUUUCAUAAAUGCAAAAACCAGCUUGAACGAGAGCGGUAUGCAAGAUGUAUGACACAAACUAAUGAAAUUUCUGCUGGAUCUUCUGAAAGCUUUCAUGAAUGCAAAAACUGUUUAGCAAGAGAAUCCUCAUAUGCUUGCCAUCGUGCAAAUGAAAAUACUGAGCAAGUUGAAUUACGCAGAAAAAAACAAAAUGAAGCCAAACAGCAAAUCACUAAUGCAGCAUGUGUUGAGAACUAUGAUACAAAUGCUGUAAGUUCACAUAAUUAUGGUAGCAUAAAUAUUAAAUGCCCAGAAUGCAAAGCACUACAUUGGGUUGAAGAAAAAGUGGCUGAAACCAAACAAUCUCCAAUUUUUAGCAUCUGUUAUAUAAAACGCAAAGUUCAACUUUUUGUUAUUUCUACACCAUCUAUAUUAUUGCAUAAGCUUUUGACUGAAGAAAGUGCUCAAGCACAUGAUUUUAGAAAAAAAAUUCAUAUAUACAACUUGGUACUUGCAUUCACAUCAAUGGGUGCCAAAAUUGAUGAAUGUGUUGCUGGAAUACAAGGUGUAUAUAAUUUUCGUAUUCAAGAAGAAUUGUAUCAUCGCAUAGGUUCUCUUAUGCCUAAGAAUCAAGAUACACUAUCAUUCUGCCAGAUUUAUUUGCAUGAUACAAAUGAACAACUACAACAAAGGCAACAAUUAAUGCCAAACCUUAAUCUGAUCACCCUUGCACAGCUUCAAGCAAUGUUGCAUGAUGUUAAUCCAUAUGUUCACAUCUUUCAAAAUGUGGCUUAUAUAAUAAAAGAUAAUCCUACACAAGAUUUGAAGAUCGUUAUAACUAAAACAUGA